UGCGGGUUGCACUCGGCCGGCGCUGAGCCGGUGUAGUUCAGGCUACGAGCGAACGGGCAGACUGGUGGCAAAUGGAGAGCAAGGUCCAGCGGGCUCGCGCCGCGUUCCGGUCCGGCCGGUCUCGGCCUCUGCAGUUUCGGCUGCAGCAGCUGGAGGCGCUGCGGAGGAUGGUGCAGGAACGCGAGAGGGACAUCCUGGCUGCCAUCAGCGCUGACCUGUGCAAGAGUGAAUUCAAUGCAUACAGUCAGGAAGUCAUUAACAUCCUUGGAGAAGUUGAUCACGCCCUGGAGAAGCUUCCCGAAUGGGUCACUCCUAAACCAGUGGAGAAGAACCUGCUCACCAUGCUGGAUGAGGCCUAUAUUCAUUCAGAGCCCUUGGGAGUCGUACUGAUUAUUGGAGCUUGGAACUACCCCUUUGUUGUCAACAUCCAGCCACUGAUAGGAGCCAUUGCCGCAGGAAAUGCUGUGAUUAUCAAGCCUUCUGAAGUAAGUGAAAAUACAGCCAAGAUCAUGGCUAAGCUCCUCCCUCAGUACUUAGACCAGGACCUGUAUGUUGUUAUUAAUGGUGGUGUUAAGGAAACCACAGAGCUUCUGAAGCAGCGAUUUGACCAUAUUCUGUAUACAGGAAGUGCUGCAGUUGGAAAAAUUGUCAUGGAGGCUGCUGCCAAGCAUCUGACCCCUGUGACUCUUGAACUGGGAGGGAAAAGUCCAUGUUACGUUGAUAAAGAUUGUGACUUAGACAUUGCCUGCAGACGCAUAACCUGGGGGAAGUACAUGAACUGUGGUCAAACCUGCAUUGCUCCAGACUACAUUCUCUGUGAACCAUCUCUCCAGAAUCAGAUUGUGCAGAAGAUUAAAGAAACUGUGAAGGAAUUUUAUGGUGAAAAUGUGAAGGAGUCUCCUGAUUAUGAAAGGAUCAUCAAUCUUCGUCACUUUAAGAGAAUAAAAAAUUUGCUCGAAGGACAAAAGAUAGCUUAUGGUGGGGAGACUGAUGAGGCCACACGCUACAUAGCCCCAACAAUACUUACUGACGUCAGUCCUGAAGCCAAGGUGAUGCAAGAAGAAAUUUUUGGACCAAUUCUUCCAAUAGUGCCUGUGAAGGAUGCAGAUGAAGCCAUAAAAUUCAUAAAUGACCACGAAAAGCCCCUGGCUUUUUAUAUAUUUUCUUAUAACAAUAAGUUGAUCAAACGAAUGAUCGAUGAAACAUCCAGUGGCGGUGUCACAGGCAAUGAUGUUAUUAUGCAUUUCACAGUCAAUUCUCUACCGUUUGGAGGAGUGGGUUCAAGUGGGAUAGGAGCUUAUCAUGGAAAACAUAGUUUUGAUACUUUCUCUCAUCAACGUUCCUGUUUAUUAAAAAGUUUAAAGAGAGAAGUUUUUAACAAACUCAGAUAUCCUCCCAACAGCCAGUCAAAAGUGAAUUGGGCAAAAUUUUUCAUUUUGAAACGGUUCAACAAAGGAAAACUCGGUCUUCUGAUGCUUACUCUCCUGGGUAUUAUAGCAGCUGUGCUCCUCAAGAAAUACCAAGCUGCGCUGAGGAGAAGGGCCCUGUUGAUUUUUCUGGUAGUUCACAGACUGCGUUGGUCCAGUAAACAGUGGUGAACUGCAGAUUUCAAAACCCAUCUCUGUAAAGAGAGAGGCUGAAUACCACUGAAGAAUGAUCCUGUUCAACCACCGGCUUGCUGCUUCAGAAUGAUUCCUUCUAUUAAAUGGCUAAUGAACCAAUAAUUUUAAAAUUCUGCUAAAAAUAGUAAGAAUGAAUAUGCAAGCGCAAUGUGUUUAAACCUAAAAAUCACUGCCACUAAUGAUUAAUAAAAUUUGCCAUUUCAGCCAAAUCCCAACAUCCCCCAAAAGUAAGGGUACCCAGCAGCACCUAUUCUAGAUUGUGCUUACUCAAAUCUUAAACCUUUGGGGUACAGGAGGAGAAUGUGUUAGGCUAAACCCAGACUGUUUGGGAGUGUAAGGAAGUUGCAGGACUGUUCAGUGACUUCACUCCAGUUCAUGGGACACCCUACCUGCUGCCCCUGCUGCUGCGGCGGCGAUCACUCAGGGAAGCUUUUCAGGGUUGUGUUACCCAGUAAGGUAUGGAGGCUGGUUUUCUCAGCACUGCUUAGGAUUAUCAGCACUCCAAAGAGGUGAGGCUAGAGCGCUUCUUGAGGUUUGAGGCAGUAGAACUGCACGUGGGUGGCCUCUCAUCCACUGGGCCUUGAGCACCUGGCCUCCCGAAGUUGACCCUCUGCUUAGGUGUGCCAUCUGACAUGUAGUCUGUAUCCUUUCAUAUCCAUUCUUCAUCCUGAGUUGUGUGUGGUUUGUGGAAUUCUGUGUUGUAGUUGUCCACAAGUGCUUUUGGUAACUAAUGUCACUCAAAGUAUCUUGUAAAUCUUGGGCUUCCUAGAAGACACUUGCCAAUUUCAUGCAAGUAUCGUCUGUCAUUCUUAUGGCUUUGGAGUUGUAGAAUUCCACAUAUUAUCAAAACUAACUGGCAUUUUUUAAAUGCUGUAAUAAAAGGACUUAUGAAAAUGUUUGUAUACUCUCAGGACCCUAAAGUGGCAAGUUAGCAGAUCUUCAAGGACAGAUCUCUGAGUUUCCUACUUCUGUAGCACAGUGCAAGUAAAUUUCAUCUUUUAAAGCUUCAGAUAGAUCCCUUUUGGAAUAAAUUCAUCCUGCAGAACUUAAAGUGGGGAAACCAUUUCCUCUCACAGAAAAGAGGCCUUGGAUAUUCAGGACUUUGGGGCUUGAAGGUCUCAUGGGGCAGGUGGUGGAUCAGUUGGAGAAGUUUGGAGAAUAACCAUGACCCAUUGCUGUCAAGUUGAUUCCGACUCAUAGUGACCCUAUAGGACAGAGUAGAACCUCCUCAUAGGGUUUCCAAGGCUGUAAUCUUUAUGGAAGGAAGCAGACUGCCACAUCUUUCUCCCGCAGUGGGUUUGAACCGCUGACUUUUCAGUUAGCAGUGCUUAACUACUGCACCACCAGGGCUCAGGAAUAACUGUGAGCUAUAGCAGUUGACCAUACUGAAGGGGAUAGAGAACACAGUAAUAGGACCUGCAAAUGUAAAGCCAGAGUAUCUCCCAAGCAAAGUAGAAGUUACCCUUAUGCAGAGCCUGAUGUGGCCAAGACCUGAAGCAUUUCAGCCAAGUUGGGAAAGUACUAAAAAGAAUUGGGCAUGUGGAACCCAGCCCUUUCCUCGGGGCAGUAUCGCGCUAUCUUAGUCAUCUAGUGCUGCUGUAACAGAAAUAGCACAAGUGGAUGGCUUUAACAAAGAGAAAUUUAUUUCUUCACAGUAACGUAGGCUGAAGUUCCAAAUUCAGGGCAUCAGCUCCAGGGGAAGGCUUUGUUUCUCUGUUGGCCUUCUCAUCAAUGUUCCCCAGGACUAGGAGCUUCUUUGAGCAGAGACCCCGGGUCCAAGGACGCACUCUGCUCUCCGUACUGCUUUCUUGGUGGUAUGAGGUCCCCCGUCUCUCUGCUGGCUUCCCUUUCUUCAUCUCAUGAGAGAUAAAAGUUGGUGCAGGCCACACCCCAGGGAAACUCCCUUUACAUUGGACCAGGAACAUGACCUCGCUAAGGGUGUUACAAUCCCACCCUAAUCCUCUUUAACAUAAAAUUACAAUCACAAAAUGGAGGACAGCCACACAAUACUGGGAAUCAUGGUACACAUUUUUGGGGGACACAAUUCAAUCCAGGACAUGUGCUUCUGACUCCACCUUGCUACCCCUCUGCAUUUGCAAGCAAACUCAGCCCACUCAAUGAGAGAAUAUAAUUCAUUUUAUAGAAUGUAUAACCAAAUUUGUUGAAUGAAUUUGUUCCAUGAAGGCUAUCAAAAGUAUGUUAUGUUCAUCGUUAUCACAGUAGGAAGUAUUAGGAGUUAAUCACUUGCCCAGUUUAGGAAGAGACUGACUAAACUGUGGCUGUAACAAUCCAAAAGGGAGAACAUUAAAAUAUCUUAGGCAAAAUUUCAGUAUGAAACUUUCAUUUAGUAUAUAAAUUGUACAUUAUAAUUCAUGAUUAAACUAAAUUUUUGGCAUGGUUACUAGUACAUUCUCCUUCAGAAUAAGUACAUUGUAUUUGAAAGAAUUGGCAAAUGCUACUAAACGUAGCAUUCUUGGCGUGGAACCUCAGUUAUGCCCUGAUUCUUCAAUCUGUUGUAGGGGAAAAGACAUUUCCAAGUUUAGUACAGUAAAAGGAAAGUUUUAUUCAACGUAUAUUCAAAAAGAUAGAAGUGGGAAGCGGUCAAAGGAUGUUGUCAGAGCUUCGUCUGCCUGAGUCCAAGGAAGUAUUACAGAGUAAGCAAGAAUGGGAAAAUGGACGGGCAUGCUACCACAGCCUUGUCUGUCCGAGUCCAAGGAAAUUACAGAACAGACAAAAGUGGGAAAACGGGCAAGCAUGCUGCCAUAGCCAUGUCUGCCCAAGUCCAAGGAAGGUUACAUAGUCAUCAGUAUAUAUUAACAUUACAAAUGCACAAAACCAUUGAAAGCUUCACCUUUUCACAGAUUGGGUAGAAACUGUCAUCCUACAUUUUGAAUUGUGUUUCUUAACAAUGAUUGGUACAGAUGACAGUCAGGAGGGUCUUCAUUGGUCCAACAAAUUUCUAUUCACUAAAUGUUAAUAGAAAAAGAUAAGAGUGGAAAGUCUUUUGUGUUCUGGCUUAUGUGAAAGUUUUCCUAAAAGACAUUUUCCAAGAUUGUUCUAUCUAUUGCCUUUAUACCUCGGGGCCCAGUUGAUGUGUCCUUGGGAGUCCUUGUGAGUCCAGCUCCAGCUGGAUUACAUUCUGUAUGCUCAGGGACAGGGAAUAAUGACUCCAAUAUUAUUUUCUAAAUCAGAUCAUAAACUGUUUCCAACUACGUAUGUUUUUUGCUCUUAACCAUCAAAAGUAGUAUUUGGCAACUUUAAGGCAUGCUUUCUUAAUUUAAAUCCUUAGCUAAGAAGAUUUUCUCAAGCUUUCUUUAUGUGAUUUGUUUAAAAAAAAAAAAAAAAGCUAUAGUGAAUAUACUUUUCCAACUGUAUCCUCCUGUCCUCAUUCACUAAUCUAAAAC